AUGGCUUGCAAUGAGUUGAAUCAAAGUCAUGGUGGACAGAUUAGACUUAGCUGGUUGAGAGAGUUGUAUGAUAGUUGUUGUGAUAACGAGCUACGGGAGUUUGUUGCACGUGCAUAUCUUUUGCACCUUGUAGGGUGCAUGAUAUUUGCUAAUAAAAGUGCCACCUAUGUUCGUACCCAUUACCUCGAGCUAUUUAGAGAUCUCCCUACAUACCGUAGAUAUGCUUGGGGAGUUGCUGCUCUUAUCUACUUAUAUGAGCAGGCUUGGAUAUACGAGCACUUCCCUGCAUUGGGAAGGAAGCAAUUAUGUGAUACAUAUAUGGAGACCAAACCCCGUGCCAGACGUUAUAUCACUAGACGCGCUACUUCUGCUAUACCUGAUGUUAGAGUCCAGUUGGAUGCCUUGACAUUAGAUGGGGUGAUUUGGAACCCAUAUGUAGCACAUAGGGCUGGUCGACCACUUGUUGUAUAUGCCAUGUUUUCUGGCUACCUCAGGCUUGGUAUCUUCGUACACCGUCAUUUGUCGGAGCGUGUUCUGCAACAAUUUGGCUUCAUGCCGCCUACUCCAUGA